CUCAUUUACUCCCUCAUCUCUUUAAUUUUAUGACUCUUUCUCUCACUUUCGAGCUCAUCUUGUCGCCUCACUGUCCUCAACUCCUGAAGCAACGAGCAUCGCUCCAAAAUAGGCGACAAGAACAGAAAGUGAACAACACUUGGUUGAGGUAGGCGGCGUUUUUGUCUUGUUUUUCCAUUUAUGUCUUGAUUUUGAUUUUUUUGAGGGAUUUUAUUUCUUUUUAAUUUUAAGUUAACGGAUUUUUUAGGUCUUGAAUGUGGAUUUAGAUUUUUGAGUUUAGGGAUUCAAUAUAAUUUUGAGUUUAGGGAUUUAAAUUAUUUUCUAUUAAUCUUAAAAGCAAUUUAGUAGUUUGAUUUUGAUAAUUUUUAUUUUGAAUUUGUUUGGAUUGGUAUACAGAUUUAGGUUCUAAAUUGUUGUUAGUCUUAUAUACAUAGUAACUUAGAUGGAUGAUAUAUAGUUUAGUUUUAAUUGUGUUGUGGGAAAACUUUAUUAGCUCAUAAGUGGUUAGCUUUGAUUUUGUUGUAUGUCAAAUACUCUGUAAAAUUAGAGUUAAAACUUCAAAGUUUUGUUAUGAAGUGAAAUCUAGAAAAUCACUCUAUAUAUAGUUUAGUUUGUGUUAUGGGAAAACUUUAUUAGUUCAUCAGUGGUUAUCAGCUUUGAUUUUGUUGUAUGUAAAAUACUUUGUAGAAUUAGAGAUAAAACUUCAUAGUUUUGUUAUGAAGUGAAAUCUGGAAAAUCACACUAUAUAUGUAUCCCCUGGUUGUAUAUUUUUUUGAAGAUAAAGUUCAAACACCACCCUUUUAAUCUUCUUUUCACUUUUUUGACUAGAUUAUACAUUGCGAUUUAUUUGAAGACAAUCAAAGGAGAACUUUAUUUCUAUAAGGCUUUUUCAUUUUAUAAUAUGUUGUUUCUUGUAAUAGAAAUUAUUUGAUUGAAUUAGAGAAUAACAAUAGUGGAUGGAAACUGCACAUUGAAACCCAUUGUUCCAGACCAAAUUCUAUUUUGAUGCAGGUGCGUGGAGAAUUGAAAAGGAGUCAAAUGGAUUAUUGAGUCAUAGGUUUCUUGAAAUCUAGAUAGGCUUUCUCUUAAAAAAACUGAUCCAACAAUGCAGGUUCAGAAGAAUACUCAAGAUGUCUGCACAAGAGCAUGAAAAAGGUAUUUUCUUGUUUUAGCUGGUGGAGGCUAUCUUGUUCCUUCUCACUACAAUUUCUAUAAAGAGACACAAGGAAUUGCCAACUACAUGUUGGGCUUUGGCUUCUUUGCGCAUUUGGAGUCCAUAACUGAAUUGACUAAAAUGAUGUAUAUGUACUAGUAUAUUUUAACUUGGGAACAUUUGGAUUGGUCUAAACAUAUUUUCAUCUGGGAAUAAAGUAAUUUAACAGAAAUGAGAGAAAAUGGUUCCACCUCAAUAUUUGUUCCUGAGGGUUACACUAGGUAUGGUUUUAGACUGUUCCUUGCUAAGCUUAGAUCGGCUGGUAUGAUGUUUGAAAAUAAUGGUACUGAAUUAUGGGUUAUUGAUACUACAUGCUUAUACCCAAACUCUUUUGAGAAGGAAACCGCUGAUGCUCAGACCAUUUCCAAAGCUCUGUUUAAUAAAGACAUUGGCUGCUAUCUAAAGUCUACUAAGUCUGAAAAUUCUACAACCAUAACUGACCCCCUCUUGAACUCUAGUAUGGUGAAACCUGUUAGCAAUCAGGCUUAUGAUUCUUCCUUACUAUCUUUGUCUAAAGAGAUGCAACUUGCUCUGGCUUCUACAAGAAUGAGUUCCUCUUCAAAUGUAACAGUUGAUGUGCCAACUUGGGAAGCUAGAAAUUCAAAGGCAGAUUGUGGUGCUCCAACAGAUGUGGCAAUAAGUUCCAUAGUGCUCAGAGAAGGAGUAAAAUUCAAGCCCAUUGCUGACUUUGAACUACAAGACUCUAACUCUCAAAUUACCCCUGUAGAAGGGAUUGGUUUAGCACUGGCAGUUUGCUCUGAAGUACAGCCCGGGACAGGAGUUUUUCACUCAAUUGCCGCAUGCUCCUCUUCACAAGUAAUCCGAAGCUCAACCAAAGAUAAACUAUCAUUUCAUGCCUCUCCAUUCUAUCCUAGAAGUCUUAUGCCAUCUAAACUAUCUUUAAAGGAUAUGAAAGCUCUAAACCUUAAAGCAGAGGAUCUCCAAAAUGAUUUGAUGAUGACUGAGAGUUCACCAAAGAAUAAUAUUUUUAGUGUGGGACUUAGAGAUCAUGAGAGUAAUAGUUCUCCUCUUUUGGAAGAGGAACAAAGCUUACUGUUUGGGGAUAGAAUACUAGAAGAUGACCCUGAUUUAUUUGAUGAUGGGGCAGGAAUAUCACAUCCUGGAAGACUUAGAUAUCGGGGUAAAGGUAAAGGCAAGAAAAAGAGAAAGAAAAAAGGGAAUACAAAGAAUAAGGGACAACAAGCUUGUAACACCCUAAUCCGUCCAGGUCUGCAGCCCCUUUCAGACUAAAGUAUUAACUUGGUAAUCAUAAAAUUUAAAACAUUUCAAAUACUUUUAUUCAUCAUAAAUAUUAUUUCAUACACCACGACAGUCUCGCCCCUUCUGCUACCAGGAACAUGCCAAUCAUUCAUUCUGCCUACCUGCGUGUAGCAAAUAAAACAUACUACACGCUCAGCAAUGAAGCUGAGUAAGCAUA